CGCGCCUGCGAGCCAGGGGAGGCCUCGCCUCGGCGGCCCAGGCCGCUCCCGUCCGUGCCUCAGCUGCCUCCGCCGCCGCCUCCCGGCUUCCUCCCCGGCUCUUCCGCCGGCCCCAGGGAUGCGAUGGGGCCCCUGGGGAAGGGGACCCGGGGGUCGCGGAGCUGGCGCUCUGGCGCCGCGGCCGCUGAGACGAGGAGGGUCUGAGGCUCCUCGGCCGCUCCGGGGCGGUGAGGGUCCCGGCCGGGCCGGGCCGCGGGAGAAGAUGAACAUCUGCAACAAGCCCUCCAAUAAGACAGCUCCAGAGAAGCCUGAAUGGACCGCUUCAGACAGGGGCAGUGGGCCAUCCCCUGAGCUCUGCGGCCAGCGCUCUCGGAGGAAUGGUUGGAGUUGGCCCCCACACCCAUUCCAGAUCGUAGCUUGGCUGCUGUACCUCUUCUUUGCUUUGAUUGGCUUUGGGAUCCUCGUUCCCCUCCUGCCUCACCCAUGGGUGCCUGCUGGCUACGCUUGUAUGGGAAUUGUCUUUAUCUGCCAUCUCGUCGUCCACCUGACUGCAGUCUCCAUCGAUCCAGCAGAUGCCAACGUGAGGGAUAAGAGCUACUCGGGGCCCCUGCCCAUCUUCAACCGUAGUCAGCAUGCUCACGUCAUUGAGGAUCUGCACUGUAACCUCUGCGAUGUGGAUGUGAGCUCCCGAUCGAAGCACUGCAGCGCCUGCAACAAAUGUGUGUGUGGCUUUGACCAUCACUGCAAAUGGCUCAACAACUGCGUGGGGGAAAGAAACUACUGGCUCUUCCUGAACAGUGUGGUAUCAGCCCUGCUAGGGGUCCUUCUGUUGGUGCUCAUCGCCUUCUACAUCUUCGUGGAAUUCUUUAUCAACCCCAUGCGGCUUCGGACCAACAAACACUUUGAAGUCCUGAAGAACCACACAGAAGUAUGGUUCGUGUUUCUUCCAGCGGCCCCUGUGGAGACCCAGGCCCCUGCUAUCCUUGCCUUGGCUGCCCUGCUCAUCCUGCUGGGCCUUCUCUCUGUGGUGUUGUUGGGACAUCUCCUGUGCUUUCACAUUUAUCUCAUAUGGCACAAACUAACUACCUAUGAGUACAUCGUGCAGCAGCGACCUCCAAAGGAAGUGAAGGAGACCCAAAAGGAACUGAAGAUGCGGCCCGUUCAGGAGGUGGAGUUCUAUGUUCGCAACUUCAGCUACACCAGUUCAGAGCUCCAGGCAGAGGGCUUGGCAGUGGCAGCUUCCAAGAGAGACCAUUCCACACUCUUUGUCACCAGUGCAGAGCCUACGCUUCCCUCCUCACCUGACACCCCAGUGAUGCCACCCAAGAUCCAGCCACAGAAGAGGAAGAAGAAGAAGAAGAAGAGGAAAGUGUACAAGGUGCCAGCCUUGGUAGCCAGUGAUAAGUCUCAGGGCCACCCCCCACCCCGACCCAGGCUGCCAGCCCCCUGCCCUGAGCUCCCCGAGGCUGGUGCCAUGAGUUCUUCUUCCCACUCCUCCAACUCCAGCCUUCACCUCCCUGUGCCAGUCUUCCUGGGCCCAGACACUUCUGUCCAGGCAGCUGGUCCUCCAGCUGACUACCACUCUGAGUCAGCCGAGUCCAUGGAGGAGAUCCCUGUGGCCCAGACUCGUCUGGGCAGUAGCACUCCAGCUGAGGGUGGCCGCCCACCCCCUUAUAGUGGCCUGGGCCUUUCUCGAUAUCACCUCCCCCAAGCUCCUAGCGUGGGCAAAAGAUGCCCUCGGGGCAGGAAUUAUGAACAGGAGUUAGAACUUAUGGCCAAAGUACCCACUGUGUUUGUGAGCCAAAGCAGUGGGGAGCCCCCUAGCCCCCCCAGAGGGCAGCAAUAUACUGGUGCCAGUCAGGAGCACCACCUGGAGGAGGUGAGCAUGACCUAGGUCCUUCCCUAUCGCCUAGCAUUGGGGCUGAUCUUUCCGGCAGAGGUAGGUGCUGGGCCAGGGCCUCUGGUGGCAUCUUCCUGCCCCCACCCCAUGUCUUUGCCUUCUUCCUUAGAUUGUGACUCCCCUUGGAGUCCAGCCUGAGGCAAAUUCAUUUGAGAGGUUGGCAUUGAGGUCAGAGCAGGGGAGAGGCUCAGUGGCAGACUAGACCGAAGGAUAGUCCCAGCAAUGGGACAAUUGCACCUGGAGGGCUGAUCCUUCCUGCAAAGUUGUCCCUCCAAGGAUUGAGGUGGAUGAGAGCCAGCAGGCCUUGGGAGCAUGAUACCACAGCAACAGGACCCUGGACUUGGCAGCCUCACUGUAGAAGGUCCAUGAGGCAAGUUGGUGAAGUUGGUGCCACUCCCCCAGGAAGAAGAAUGCUCCCCAAGGCGCCAUGAGGCAAAGCCCCAGCUGCACCAUGCUAGUUACAGCUGUGGGGCCAGCCGCCUCUCCCAGCCUCCUGGCUCUCCCCUCUAAAUGGACCAUGAGAUUUAGAGAGCCAAAGCAUGCCAUCCCCAAGUGAUCUACAGGGGACAAUCCGACUUCUAGGCCAAGUCUGAAGGCCGAAGUGAUUCCCCAGUCCCACUGAGUGGGUAACUUUUUUCCCUGGACUAAGCCAGGCAGCAAAGCUCUCCACAAGGAGUGAGUGGCCUCUUCUGUAGGGUGGGUAGAGAGGCUGAGGUUCCCUGGACUCUAAGCUGAAGCUCCCUCCACAGUCAGGUACCUACCUAUGCCUCCCAUCUCCCACCCCCAGUCUAUGCAACCCGCUCCUCCAACUCUGAGAGCUGAGCCACAGGGCCCUGAACUGUUCGAAUCUCCUCAAAGACUGCAGAGCCUAGUUGGGAGCUGGCCAGUGGGGCAGCACCCAGGAAACUAGGCCGAUCUGAGGAGCUGCUGCCGGGAAAGCCAGGCUUGCCAGCACCUUACAACAGCACAGAAUUCACUUUAGGGGAGUGCUCCAGGGGAUUGGGGGGUGGGUGAGCCCUUGGGACUUAAUCCCUCCUUUCCUCCCCCUUUUCUGGGGCUGCACUUCCCCCCUUUAAUCAUGAGCAACAGUAGCACCCUUCCUCCUGUGGAUUAAUCAUGAUGUCACAAUAUAAAUUUUUUAUGACUUUGCUAAUGCUUGUUGUGGCUUUCUUUCUUAGGUCACAGGACUAACCUGGGCUAAA